GGCAAGCUAGCAGGCGUUGCGCUACGCCAUUGUUGAAAAGGGCAGCGCUCGAGGCGCACGCCGAGCUUGGACGCUUACGCAGUUUUUCACUUUUCAUCGAUCCUGUUGCUGUGAUAUUAGAUUGUUUUAUACCCCAUAUUAGGAACGCAAACAUGGAAUCGGACGACCAGCAGUUUUGUUUGAGGUGGAACAACCACCAGUCUACGCUAAUUCAAAAUUUCGACACACUUCUCGAAAGCGGGACGCUGGUCGACUGCACCCUGGCGGCGGAGGGGAAAUACUUAAAGGCCCACAAAGUAGUUCUCUCCGCGUGCAGUCCCUAUUUUGAGGGCCUCCUCAGCGAGCAUUACGACAAACACCCUGUCUUUAUACUCAAGGACGUCAAAUUUAAAGAAUUGAAAGCUAUGAUGGACUACAUGUACAGGGGAGAAGUAAAUAUCUCCCAAGACCAAUUGGCAGCACUUCUCAAAGCCGCUGAGUCUCUACAAAUUAAGGGUCUCUCGGAAAGUAAAACGGGUGGUAGCAGUAAGACGGACUCUAGGCAACAAAAGGUCGUUCCACAAGCAACGGCGCCGUCGUUAGACAUUCCACACGCGUCUUCCGGGCUAACGAUAGAGAAAAAUAAAGUUCCUAGGCAGGGUAUGGCGCAAGGUUCCAUAGGGGAUCUGCCAGAAGACUCGGCCAGUCCCCAAGUACCUAAGGGUCUCUCCUCGAGAGAGGGCUCUCAAAGUCCAACAUCGAGGAAAAGAAAAAGGUUUAGAAGAAGAAGCGUUGGCGAAGAUAAUUCGAUGGAGAAUCACGAAGCCUCGAAUUCCAGUGAUAUGCCCCAACAAAUGGGUGUUCCUGCGCUUGGAAUUGCUCCUGUCGCAGACGAGAAGACCCACACAGACCCCUCUGAUUCACUUGGCAGGUCAGCGUUAAUGACGCAGCUGACGAAACCCGCGGACGAAAUGCUACAGCUGCCACUCGAAAAGCCUGAGCCAAAUGAUAGCCUCAUCGAGCCAAAGUCGGAAUAUCUAGAAGAUCCAGAGGAGAGUGUCGAAGACCUGACGCUAGAUGACGACAUGAACGACUUGAAUGACAUUGAGGGCGACAGUAACAGAGCUGGACCGUCCCACGACCCCGCCCAACACCCCGCAGGUAUAGGCGCGUGGCAUGUUACCGGAGAUCGAAGUAACGCGGGAGGAGUCGUGGGUUCGGUGGCGGGAGCUCCAGGAACGACAGACGAAGUCUUCCUUGCAGCCCAGGAGGCCGCCCAGGCCCACCGCGACUCGCAAGGGUACGCGAAAAUGAGGUACUAUAUGAGAGGGGUGUCCGAGGAUCGGAGACGAUCCAGGGGACAGGGUCGUUUCGCCUGCGACAACUGCGAUCGACGCUACCAUCAGAUGAAGAACCUCAGAAGACACGUGAUUAACGAGUGCGCGUACCUGUACCCGCCCGGCUUGGUGGCGUUCAAGCACACCUGCAUGACCUGCGGCAAGAGCUACAAGUACAAACGUCACCUGAAUAGACACCACUCGUUCGAGUGCGGUGUCGAGCCGAAGUUCAAGUGUACUUUCUGCCCACACGUGACCAGGUAUAAGGGCAGCCUGAUGAAGCACAUACGACGCAGGCAUCAGAACCUCUUCCAUCAGAACUCUCAGUACGGUCCUCAGACUCAAUUCUCUUUCUUUCGUUCGUUUCCAGGCACCACCAGGUACAGCUCGUCGAACUGGACGGUACCAGCGUUGCCCUCAGCGUCACGGGUCGCCGCUUAUACCAGGCAUCUGCGAUCGAUGACCCUGAGGGACAGACUGGGCAAGGUUCACCGGUGGACACCCAGGAAGUACGUGUGCACCGACUGCAACCGUAAUUUCUCGUUGAUGGCCUCGUUGACGCGACAUCGGACCUUCGAGUGUGCUGAACGAUCGACUACCGUGGCGGAUAGGCCCGUUCAGGAGACAUCCGUCGAGAGAAGGAGGAAGAAGAAGUACGCCUGUCCCGAUUGCGAUCGCGAGUACGCGGUUUUCACGUCCCUGUGGAGGCACAGGCACUACGAGUGCGGCGUCGAACCAAGGUUCAUCUGUCCGAUUUGCAAUCUGAAAUUCACGCAGAAGAGCAACCUCGAUCGACACGUUCGAACCAAGCAUUGA